AUUUUGCUGCCAAGUCCUGUAUAAAUGCCGUGCGGAGAGGGCGGGGAUCCUCGGCGCUGUCCCCCAAUGAUGCCGAACGAAGAUCAAACGUGAUAGCUUCAGAUUACUUUUAACCUAUUUAAUCUAGCCUUGUACCGAGAUUCGUGCUUACUCGGUGAAAAGCCGGACUCUUCACAGCACCCUUGGCAACUUCGAAUCACUCGUGGCCCGUAGCAGCAAAGCGCAACUAUGAAGAUGCCUAGCACACAACUUGCUGCCGUAUUGGUGGAACCGGGAGCUGCACCAAAGUUCGAGGUCCAGGAGAUUCCCGUCCCCGUCCCAGGCCCCAACGAACUGCUGGUCCGGCUGUCGGUGACGUCAAUCUGCGGCUCCGACUACGGCAUGGCGGCCGGGCACCUGGGCCCGACCAUGUCGGUGCUUGGGCACGAGGGCGUGGGGCGCGUUGUGACCGCCGGCGCCAACGCGGCGCACCUGGUGGGCGACGGCGGCGGCAGCGGCGGCGUGCACGUGGGCCAGCGCGUCGCCGUCUGCCUGACGCGCGACACGUGCGGCAGCUGCGCCUACUGCGCGGCGCCCGACGCGCUCGAGGCGGCGCACCGGUGCGAGGCCAAGAUCUUCUCGGGCUUCAAGGUCGACGGCACGUUCGCGCAGUUCGCCCUCGUGCAGGCGCGCUGGGCGCAGCCGCUGCCGGCCCGGUUCGACGGCGUGCCCGACGACUUGGUAGCGCCCGUGCUGUGCGGUGGCGUCACCGCCUACAAGGCCGUCAAGUCCUGCGGCCUAACCCCCGGCCAGUGGCUCGCCGUGCCCGGCGCCGCUGGAGGCGUCGGCGCCUUCGUCGUGGCCUACGGCCGGGCCAUGGGCUACCGGGUCAUCGGGCUGGACGUGGGGAAGGCCAAGGAGGCGUACGUGCUCUCGCAGGGCGCCGAGAGCUACGUCGACGUGACUCAGGUGGAGGACCUGGGCAAAGAGGUGGCCAGGCUGACCGGCGGGAGCGGCGUGAACGCUGUUGUCGUGACUGCUGGAUCAGGGGCCGCAUACCAAUCCGCAUUGGGUACGCUGGCGCCGUUUGGCACGCUGAUGUGCGUGGGCAUACCGCCGCCCGAUGCCUUUAUAAGCAUCCACCCCAUCAAGAUCAUCGAAUCCGGCAUCAAGAUCACAGGGUCCAUGACGGGCACCAGAAAGGACGUCCUGGAGGCCCUCGAGUUCGUGAGGAGGGGGGUGGUGGUGCCCAAAGUCCACAGCGGCAAGCUGGCGGAUAUGACUAAAUUGAUCCUCGAGGUCGCCAAAGGGACGAUCGAGGGGAAAUACGUGGUUAGCUUAGGGGAUGAGGAUACCGCCCAGCCAACCGUGGGAUCAAUGGUGACUCUUUAGGGGCUAGUGGAGCGUAAGUUGAGAGGAAUGUGGGGAGCUGAAAUGGCUAACACAUGGAGGAUAGCGGUGCUGAAGUUUGCGGGGCAUUGCGGGAAGUAGCUUACAACAAUAAAGACCGUGCGCUUGUGUUGGUG